AUGGAGCAUUAGUAAAAAAUGCAAGAAAUUAUAGAUUUGUUGGUUCUUCUUUGAAUAUAAGUCCAUUUAGAUAUUAAUUAUAUUAUGUUUGGAAUAGAUAAGGGCAUUUUGGAACCUCAACCUCAAUCCCAAACUCAACUUCAAUUGAUAUUUAAUUUUCAUAAGCUUAUGAGAUUAAUCAAAUAAUCGUAUGGUUUUAUGAUAUUGAUGGUAGAAAUCAUUGUUUUAAAAUUAUUGCUUUUGAUUAAUACAAUCAAGAAACAGAAUUAUUUUAAGGAUUAAAUUUGAUUGGGAUUGUAAAAAUUUCAUUUUAAGAUUAAAUUGUAUAAUCAUUAAAAAUUGUGCUUUUACAUGGUGGAACAACUAAUGAUCUAAAUAUUAUAAAAAUUUCAGCUUUCUAUGCUCAUAGAAGCAUGAUUUGA